GUAUACGUGGCUGAGAGCCCAGAAACAAAUUGGGUCAGGGACGCAGGGGGGAAUAAAAGCAAUGAGAGCUGAACUUGGGACCAGAGAAGACCGACGGAGCGCUGAAACCUCUGGGUCCUUUGUUACUUGGGAGAUGUGGAGCUUCUUGCUGGUUUUUGGGCUCCUCUGCUGGGGAUCCCACGGAUCAGUGACCUGCAAAGACCACAGCGAUGCUGAAGUGGACUGGUACAUUUUAUACAAGAUGCCCUACAACAUUCCAACUCCCAGUGGAUCCACCCGUGGUACCGAGUAUUUCUACAUGGACUCGAAGGGAAGGAACCUGGAGUUGAACAACAUCAACAGCGCGAACAGCGCUCUGGGAAAUACGCUGAGGCCUCUUUUCAAACCCAUCAGAAACAUGGACGAGACCUUCGGGUUCAUCAGCUACAGUGAUCAGCCGCCAGGAUGUGACGCCAAGCCAAAUAGGUUUGGCCACAGCAAAGGACUCGUGAUGGUGGACAGAACCAGUACAGGAGUCUGGAUCUUGCACAGCACCCCUAAGUUCCCCUUCAGAAGGGAGCAGGACAACUUCUGGCCAAAAAGCGGGAAUAGAAACGCUCAAACAUUUAUCUGUGUGACGUUCAACUACGACCAGUUCACUACGAUAGGAACACAUCUGAAGUACAUCAAUGCGUUUCCAUUUGAACAUUAUAUCCCAGACGAUUUUCACGAGGAACUAAAAAAUGUCGUGAAAUGGACAGAAGGCCCUCCGUACACACCUGAUAAGGUUGAGGUCUCAAUGUUGACAUCCAAAGGGAACCAAGGCUUUCAAAUCUUUGCUAAACAAGCCAAUGAAGAUGAACAGGUUGGAGAUCUCUACCUAAGCAUUGCCAAGAACAUCAAGAGUGACGUCUACGCCCAGACAUGGCGCUGCCCGGACGACCAGUCCGACUCCUACUGUCCUGGCGUUUCUUCUUGGUCAGUCAUCAACGUCGAAGACCUAAUAGUGGGUAACCAGAAGACGUGGAACUCCAACGUGGACCAUUCCAAGUGGUGCGUAGCUAAGGAUCAGAACAAACACUGGACCUGCAUCGCCGACAUGAACAGGGCCGUAUCUCAGUUCAAGCGGUUCGGCGGGGCGCUCUGCAUCCGCCUCGAGUGGGUCCAACGUCACUUUCUGAGAUUUGCUAACCAUCCUCAGGUCUGUCGGAAACGUCCCCGCCCAGUUUGUGAUCCAAACUCUGAUGGAGACAAUCUUCAAGUUAUCGGUUAGAUCGGCAGAGUCCACAUCGAUCGCAUCAGAUCAAUGCUUUUUCGACUUAAGCCUUUCGAUCAGAAAACUGGAGAUAAUUCCAGAAUAAAUUACUGUUACAAUAAAAUGCAUGUUUCUUCCUGGUUGUUUGAAAAAUUACAUUUCAAUGAAGAAAUCAGAAAACCUGAUUUUUAAGAAGCUGUCGCUCUGAUGUAAACUUCUGAGUAAUAAAUCACUCAAAGCUCCA